AUGUCCAACAAUCUCCACACUAAACUUUACAAUUUCUUAUCGACCGUUGAAGAAGAAGCUAUUACUACUGGAUCGGUUAUUUACCAAGUAAUGGAAGAAGAUCCACGAAUUUCUAAGAAUGAUUUAAAAAACAUUAUAGAAUAUGCUGUAACGUAUGUGAACCAACAAAACACUCGAGGUUCCUCACGAUAUAUGACACUUCUUGAGAUUCUUCCAGAGUUCGACGUUUCCUAUAAAGCAGUUAAUAGUUUACGUGUCAUCGGGGCUGUGAAAAUAAAUGAUGAAGAACCUCUCAGCUCGGACCAGAUCAGAAGCAAUAUAAAUAAACUAAAAUCGAAGUUGAAAAAGAUUACCAAUACGCUAUAUCAAUGUUUGUUUUCUGCUGUAAGUAAUAUACCUAUAUCCAAAUUAACAUGGAAAGAUCCGUUGGGGAGUCAAGUUAUUUCUGAUAGAUCAGAUGUCGUAAAGAGUUUACCUAAACAUUUGCAGGAUUCUUUCAUGAAACCAGUGCGAGAAAUGGUGCCUCAAUCUCUCCCACCAAUCAUAGAAAAUACAUGCGAUGAAUUUGUGAAAAAAUUCGUUACUCAUAACAAACGUCUACCUCAAGCCCUUUUGCAUGAUGGGAACGUGGAAAGAAGUAAUUCUUGGAAUAAUCCGGCAUUUGGACCUGAGCAUGCCGAAUCGCUGAACGAGGGUACAUAUGUGACUAACAUGAUAGUACCCGCACUCCAGGCAUCACUAAAGAAUCUCCCUUACGGAAAGACUUGUUAUAUUACCACUUUCGAACGACAAAGCAUUGCCAGUGCAGAUAGAAGAGGAGAGGGGCAAUCGGGACGACGGCCAGAUAUUAUAUUUAUUAUGAAAGAUAAAAAUAAAAAGUAUGAGCUUAUGUAUUCUGAGUGCUCACGUUUAUUUUGUUCCCCCCAGAAGAUAGAAGAUGAUGUAAAGCUGUGGCGUGAAACCAACGACGGUAUGUAUUGGGUUUACAAAAGCCGUAGACCUGAGAAAGAUCAAUUUAGAAUAAUUGGAUUACAAGUUGCAGGGUCUUUGUUACGAUUAUCAGUACUUAUCAGAGAUGGUGCAAAUGUUGAUCGGUAUUAUCACUUGCAUGAGUCAAAAAUUCCUGUACAAUAUUCAGAUUCUGCCAUAGUAGCAAAAUUUAUAGAAACUUUAUUGAUAACUCGUAAUAUUUUGAUAGUUAAUAUGUCAUUGUUACCACAUGGGUCUAUACCCAAGUUGGAAAGACAAAAAGAAGCUAGUUCAACCGUAGAUUCAGAAUAG